AGCGCGGCGCGGCGGGAGAUUCGUCCCAUCCCGGCCGUGCCCGCAGUGACCGGGGCUCCGCAGGCCGCGCCAUGGUGCAGCUCGUCGUCUCCAGCACGGGCGGCCUGCCCCGGUGGGUGCUGCUGGAGCUGCAGGGCGAGGUGGAGGCGCGGAGCGGCGGCGCGCUGCCCGGGAGCCUGCUGGGAGACCUGCACUACACCCGUGAGGGCGUCCCGGUGCUGGUGGUGGGCCACCACGUGCUGUACGGGAAGGUGGUGACGCUGGAGAAGCCCUUCGCCGUGCUGGUGAAGGAGGCGGCCGGCCCCGCGCAGCCGCACGCCCGCUACGCCGUCACCGCCCUCAUCAAGACCAAGCUGCUCUUCAAAACCCGCCCCAAGCCCAUCAUCACCAACGUGCCCCGCAAGGUGUGAGGGCACCGACCCGCUGCCCUCAUCACCGACGCGCCCAGGAAGGCGUGAGGACACGGCCCUGCUGCUGGCAUCACCCGUGUGCCCAAGGCAUGAGGACGUGGACCUGCUGCUGGCACCAGCGUGCCCAAGACACGAGGACGCGGACCUGCUGCCGCCACGGGGCUCAGCCCUGGCUCUGCAGGCACCCCGUGCCCUUCCCAGGUCCCUGUCCCCCCGCAGUGACAGCGGGGGAGAGCCAGGGCACAAACCCGGCGCCCCUCCGAGGUGAGGAGCGUCGGGGGGAGCGCAGCCGCAGGGCCAGGCUGUGCCCACGGGGGCAGGACUCGGCUCUGUGGCCGUGCUCGUGCUGCCCGGGGGGCUUUGGCUCAAUCAACCUGGCUCGUCAGCAUCUGUCCCCCCCAAAACACACCCCUGCAGCUGGCAGGGCACUGGAGGCAGCUGGAGACGGGCAGGGUCUGUCUCAGCACCAACUGCCCUCGAGUCUCCCCCCGCACAGGAAGGACUUCAUGGAUUUGGGGCAGGGGGAGAGCGGGGCUGACACGCCGGCCUUUCUCUGCGCAAGUCUUUAUUGUGACAAAUCCAGCGGGAUAUAAAAAACAGACCUCUCAAAAUAUGAAAAAAACACGGGUUAAAAAAUAAAUAGAUUUACAAACCA